GGUCUAGAACCUACUUAUCUAAGAGCGCGAGAGCUGAAAGCAUUUGGAAUAGGAGGCAAUGCGACAUUCUGCUAUUCCGUAACUGGUCUUUCUAGCCAGUAACUGUUCAGUCGGUUCGAGCGCAGCCUGGUAGAAUGCGCCGCUGUGACUGAGUAGCCGGCAGCAGGGGCCCUUGUGUUUGCUCCAAUCCCGACUUCUGCGCGAUUGGUUGUGCUCCAAUCGCGUUGCGGGGCUCCAAUCCCGACAUCGGGCGCUGCAGGCCCUCUUAUCGCAUUGCGACGAGAGAAGAGGAGCACGCUUGCAUUGAGACGGGCAGUGCAACGGCAGUGCGACGAGUAGUGCGACGAGUAGUGCGACAACUUGUCUGACAAGCCUCGCGGACUAGCAUCCGCUCGCCCGCUUCCUCGCGGACAAGCCUCGCGGAAUAGCGCUUGUCCGCUUCGCGCGCGUCCGCAUUCCGACUGUCGCCAUGGGCGGUCCCCCAGCCCCGCCAGCCGCUUCCGCCGUUUCCGCCCCCGCGGACGGGCUUGGGCUCGGCGCGGAGAUCAACGGGGGCGCGGAGUCAGUCGCGGAUCUCCUCGCGCUUCCCCCCGACGCCCUUCCGCGGAGCGACCUUUUCUUCCGCCUCGCUCGCGCGCACUUCCGCGCAGCGGUCUCCGCGUCUGCGGGUUACCCCUUGAAUCCCGCGGACCCCGCAAGCUCCCCCGCGGGUGGCGCAAAUGACGCGGGGGGAGGCGGGGAUCUUAACGACAAUAGUAGCGACGAGGCGCUGGCUUUUGACGUCGUCCGGAACGCGAUUCAGCCGUCCGAGCGGCCCGACCACGUUCCGUCUCUUAUUCUCGCGUCCGUGAUUUGCGCCCGGCGUGACACGUGGAGCGAAGAGGGCGUCCGCUACGGCGAACGCGCGGUGGAGCUCGCUGCGAGCAGCGGCCCGCAGCGCGCUAAGGCGCUUCAUGCGCUGGGAGUUAAUCUCCUCCUACUAUCGCGCAACCAUUAUGUUUCCGCGGCUCGCCGGGAACUGACUCUUAAACGCGCCGUCGAGUCGCUAAGCCAGGCUUUAGAAGAAGAUGCCUCCUCAGCAGCCGUGAUGGUGGAUCUCGCGCUCGCAUUGGCCGAGCAGCGCCACGUCAGCGAGGCGCUCAAGGUCGCCAAGAGCGCGCUGAAAGCCGGCGGCGGGCAGUGGCUGCUGACGUGGCAGAUCCUGGCGCUGCUGCUGACGUGUCAGCAGCGGUUCAAGGACGCGGAAGAUAUGUGCCGCGUGGGGGAAGCCGCCAUCAAGAAAGCGGGGGGAGGAGCCGGGGGAGGGGGGCGGAUGGGGGGAGAGAGGGGAGGGCGCAAGGGCGGCGCUGCUGGGGUGGAUGGCAGUGGUGGUGUGACUGUAGGCGUUGGUGACGCUGUGGAGAGCUUGAAACAGGCCAUGGCUGCGGUACAGUCACGGCAGAAGCGAGGCGAAGUGGGCGGCUCGGUGACAGAAGCAGCCGUGUGGCAGUCUCUUGCCGAGGCGUAUCUGGUUGGUGGGCGGGCGGUAGAUGCCGACCUCUGUGUGGCAAAGUGUCAGACGCUGGAUCCAUAUGCUGCUGACACGUGGAUGGUGGCAGGCAUGCUAGACGGGGCUAAAGGCAGGCCCCAGGAGGCCCUGGCUUGCUACCGCAGCGCCCUGGCCAUCGACCAAUGGCACGCUGCCAGCAAGGCACGGCUGGGAGCGCUGCUGCUGCAGAUGGGGGGGGAGUGGCUGCAUAUGGCAGAGGUGCACCUGAGGGAGGUGGUAUCUGGGGAUGGGUUUGACGCGCGUGCCUGGCAUGUGCUGGGGCUGGUGGAGCGGGGAGUGGGGAUGUGGGUGCUGCUGCAGAGUGUUUCAGACGAGCUAUGGAGGCAGAGGAAACGGCCCCUGCGGUGCCGUUUAAUACACUCAGACCGAUUCUGCCGCAGCUGCUGCUGUGAUUUGGUACGAGCUGAGCUGACUUAAGCGUUUCUGAACACUACACUCGAGGAAGAUCGCAACGGGUACGCGAGUCAACGGAGGUUACACAAGGGGGUGGACAAAGAACGCGAAGGGACUUGAAGAGUCACAACUGGAGGUUGCGACUGACCGUUACAACAUCGCGGAUGGUAACCGAAGCGACAAUCGAGUCGCUGUGCGACUCGAUAACCGCUCCUGCAACUGUAUUCUACAACUGCUUUCUUAUUUUCUAUAUAUUGCUGUAUGUUUGUUUCUUUAAUCAAUCACUUGUUCUCAU